UUAUAAUGGCAUUGAAUUUGAAAAGUUCCAAACUUGUCCAACUUAAAUUGCCAUCUAAAGGCUCUUAUAAACUUUUGGAUGUUUUUGAUGAUUUUCUUCUUUUUUCUAAUGAUUCUCCAAAUUCUCCCCCUUCACUUUACCUUUCACAUUUUGAAAAUAAAGGUGACGACAGCAAUUAUUUAAAUGACAUAAUUCCUCUUCAAUCAAAACAAAUUCCUGAUGAUUUAAUUAAAAUUAAUUGGGAUUGGCGUGUUGUAAAAUUUAUGCGAGAAGAGAAUCGUCCAUAUGAAGGAAUUUUAAUUCAGCCAUCCACUGAAAAUAACCAAAAAAUUGGAUUAGUUGUUCUUCCACAUGGAGGUCCUCAUAAUUCUUCGCUUUGUAGUUGGCCUCGUCGAGAAGUUUUACUUAUGUUACAAAAUGGAUAUGCAAUACUUUUUGUUCAAUAUCAUGGUUCACUUGGUUAUGGAGAUAGUUUUGUACGUUCCUUACCUGGAAAUUGUGGUGAUUUGGAUGUGAAGGAUGUUUAUCAUGCUACUUGUGCAACAUUAGAUUCUUCACCAAAUUUUGAUCGAAAUCGAGUUAUGCUUUUUGGUGGUUCACAUGGAGGGUUUUUAGUUUCACAUUUGAUUGGGCAAUAUCCGAAUUUCUUUCGUGCAUGUGUUGCACUCAAUCCAGUACUUGAUAUUUUGUCAAUGCAUAGUUUAACAGAUAUUACUGAUUGGUUUGUUUUUGAAUUUUAUUUUAUAAAAAUAUUUUUUAGGGCAAUUUUUGAAAGCACUGGAGUUUUUCCAAAUAAUUACAAAUCUCCACUCACUGAAGAACAAAGAAAUUCAAUGUUUAAUAGUUCUCCAAUUGCACAUGUUCAUAAAAUAAAAACGCCUUAUUUGUUACUUAUUGGGGAAAAGGAUUUACGCGUUGCACCACAUUAUAAAAUUUUUAUUCGUUGUUUACAAGCAAAUAAAGUUAAAUGCAAAGUACUCUCUUAUCCAAAUUCAAAUCAUCCAUUGGAAGAAGUAGAAGUUGGAGCUGAUUUUGCUAUUAAUAUUAUGCGUUGGUUUGAAGAAAGUAUUGAGGAAAGUGUUGAUUUUGAUAAUAAUAAAAUAAAUUAA